AUGUUUCUGCUCAGCUUCUGGUUCUCUCCAUCGCCACUUUCCUUCGCUCUUUUAUUUCAUCACUAGACUUUCAGUUGCAGGCAUCUGUGGUCAGUCUUUUUUCACGAUCUUUUCCCUCUUUUUUAUUUCCUUCAAGUACAUUAUAUCCUUCUUUUAAGAUCAAAAUGGCUGUCCUUAACCUUGUCACUUUGGCUUUGGCCCUUUCUUCUCCGGCCAUGGCCCGACCUCGCCCACAGUUUGGCAACGGCGGCGAUGCCCAAACACCCGGUGCUGGUCUCGGCGGUGCUCUCCCUACUGUCCUUCCCAGUGGUGGCUCUGGCCUCAUUCCUUCUGGUCUUCCCAGCCUAGGAGGCGGUAACGGAGGUGCCAUCCCAACCCCUGGCAGUGGCUUCAACUUGCCCGGCAGCGGCAGUGGUAACGAUGCUCCUGCUACCACUCCGGGCACUGGCGGUGGCUUCUUUGGUGGCGGCCGUGGUGGUGGCAUUCCCGGCCUUGGAAACCUCCCAUUCUUUGGAGGAGGUAACGGAGGCAACGGUGGUAACGGAGGUGGCUUCUUCGGCGGUGGCGGUAACACCAAUACUCCCCCCGCCGCAGCUCCAAGCGGUGGUCUGCCUGGAGGAAAUGAUGGCAACACCGGCGGUGAUGCUUCUGUCCCUGCUCCUAUUCAAACUCCGGGCACCGGUGGUGUACAAGGUGCAUCCAGUGGCUUCCGAGGCCGUGGUCGAUCUCGCAACCAAGACUCACCUUCGACCCCUGGAGGCAGUGGUAACUCUGAGGGUGGAAACGGUGGCGGCCUCAGUGGAAGCCAGCCGAGCGGUGCCAUCCCUACUUUCGUUGCCGGACCCGGUAACGGUUUCGGCGAGGGAGGCAAUGGUGGUAACGGAGGAAACGGUGGAAAUGGAGGAAACGGCGAUGCCACUGAGGCUCCUGUCGCUCCCACUCUUGUCCCUACCCCAGGCAGUGGACUCGAGGGCCCAGGCACUGCUCCCAGCGGCGUCAUCCCUACUUUCGUUGCUGGACCAGGAAACGGUUUCGGUGAGGGUAACAGCCCUGGCACCCCUAGCGCUCCCAUUCAGACUCCUGGCAGCGGAAACCAGCCUGGCGGUGGUCUAGGUGGAAGCCAGCCCAGUGGUACCAUUCCUACUUUUGUCGCUGGACCUGGCAAUGGUUUCGGUGAGGGGGGCAACUCUGGCAGCCCUGACACUCCCGUCCAGACACCCGGCAGUGGAAGCUCACCCGGAGGUGACCUCACUCAACCUGGCAGCGGAAACGGCAGCGGAAACGGCAGUGGAAACGGCAGUGGAAACGACAACGGAAACGGCAACCUCCCUGGCGGUGAUCAGACUCAGCCCAGCGGUGUCAUUCCUACCUUCGUCGCUGGACCUGGUAACGGUUUCGGCGGUGGUAACGGUCCCGUCGCUACCCCUACUCCCGGUGCUGGCCUGGGUGGCGGUAACAACAACACCCCCGGUGUCCCUGAGACUCCCGUUCAGACCCCAGGAGCCGGUAGCGGCAGCGGAAGCCAGCCUGGAGGUGCUAUCCCAACCUUCGUUGCUGGCCCCGGCCAAGGCUUCGGUGGUGGCGAUGGCCAGAACGGAGGCUUCCAGAAGCGAGCUCGAUCGUCUAAGUAAACGGAUUCAUGUUGAGUAGACAAUGAUUUUGAUGGAUCUUCUAUGUUUAGGAAAUGAAGAGAAUAAUUCGUAUUCCUAUAAUUCUUGGGUGAAAAGCAGGGCUUAGCACUUCACUAUGUAUCUACCUCCAUGGCAGCACCUUGGGUUGUCGAUAGAGCAAUUUUGGCGAACAUAUCUUCCUUCCAGUGCA